AUGAGUGAAAAUAAAAAGGGUAGUCUAAGUGCACCUGUAAUGAGAAACAGAGCUACAUCUUCUGUUGGCAAGAUUGAUGUGGGUGAUACCGUUCCAGGUUUAGGAACCAUGGAUGAAUCCAAAGCAUCGAAGAUUGCUGCUGAAGAAAGAAUGCAAAGAAUCUGCCAAGGUGAUGGUGAUGAUAUGGAUUUAAUGAAAAAAAUUUGGUUAUCUUAUAGAGAAAUGAAUUAUCGCCAUACAUGGCUAACACCUUUGGUUCUUUUAAUCAUAUUUUAUAGUGCAUAUAUUACUUCUGGCAAUAGAACUGAAAGUAAUCCAUUACAUCAAUUUGUUGCAGUUUCUUAUCAAGUUGGUGACACUGAUUAUUAUGGUAAAGGUAUCAAAGAUUUAUCCUUUAUAUUCUUUUACAUGAUCUUUUUCACAUUUCUAAGAGAAUUUCUAAUGGAUGUCGUUAUUCGUCCAAUUACAAUCAAAAAACUGAAGAUCACUUCAAAACAUAGAAUCAAUAGAAUGAUGGAGCAAGUAUAUUCAAUUAUUUACUGUGGUGUCUCAGGUCCAUUCGGUUUAUAUAUCAUGUACCAUUCAGAUUUAUGGUUAUUUGAAACCAAAACAAUGUACCGUACUUAUCCAGAUUUGAAUAAUACUUACCUUUAUAAAUUAUUUUAUUUAGGUCAAGCAGCAUUUUGGGCUCAACAAGCUUGUGUUUUGGUUCUGCAAUUAGAAAAGCCAAGAAAGGAUCGUAGAGAAUUGGUUUUCCAUCAUAUUGUAACCCUAUUGCUGAUCUGGUCAUCGUAUGUUUUCCAUUUCACUAAAAUGGGUCUAGCAAUUUAUAUUACAAUGGAUGUCUCAGAUUUCUUUCUUGCUUUAUCAAAAGCUUUGAACUAUUUGGAAUAUGAAUAUACCCCUGUUGUAUUUAUUAUUUUCGUCAUUUCUUGGGUCUAUUUACGUCAUAUUGUUAACAUUAAAAUUUUAUGGUCGGUUUUAACACAAUUCCGUACUGAAGGUAAUUAUGUCCUAAAUUAUGCUACCCAGCAAUAUAAAUGUUGGAUAUCGCUACCAAUUGUUUUCAUUUUGAUUUUUGCAUUACAAUUAGUCAACUUAUACUGGUUGGUUUUGAUCUUAAGAAUCUUGUAUAGAGCAGUUUGGAAAGGUGUUCAAAAAGAUGAAAGAAGUGACUCCAGUGAAUCUGAUGAUGAUGAUGAACCGGCUGAAACCUCCAGUAACAAUGACAACAAGAAAAACAAUUAA